AUGGCAGCCGAUUUCUCUCACCUUCAGGACAUCUUCGGCAAUGUGCCCAUGGUGAAGAGAUACACUCUACUUUCACUCUUCUUCACUCUGGACGCCAGCCAAGAUAUCAGAGAAAUUGUUGCAGGCUUGCGAGAUGGAUUAAAUAAAUUAUCGAAUGCAGUUCCCUACCUCAAAGCUCAAGUUGUAUAUCAAGGUCAAACCAAGACCAAUUGGGGCAGGACUAAGAUUGUGCCGCUAUCAGACAGCGUUCAGCUUGCUACCCGAGAUCUUAAAGAUGGUGACACCUUUCCCUCAAUGGCCGACCUCGCCGAAGGUGGUUACCCCAUCAAACACCUUGAACCGAACAUCCUUGUGCCAGAGGACGACUUACCUCUCUUCUACACAGCUCCAAGAGCCUAUGAAGAGUCGGCCGAUCGACCAGCACGUGUCCUCGCCGUGCAAGCUACGUUCGUGAAGGGCGGUCUUAUACUGACCUUCGCCUCCAACCACACCACAAUGGACAUGAAUGGUCUCGGACAAACAAUAUGCUUAUUUGCCAAGGCCUGCCGUGAUGAAGAUUUUUCUGAAAAGGAUAUUGUAGAAGCCAACCAGUCUCGCCUGCACUCAGUGACCCUGCUCGGUGACGAAUACGAGCCUGGGCCAGAAGCACGAUAUUUCAUCUUUCGAUCGCGAGAUGUGACAGGCGCGGCUCGAGGUCCACAAUUCCCACCAGUAUGGGCGAACAUCACUAUUAGUGCUCAUGCCUUGAACGACCUGAAAACACAAGCUAGCAAGCAAGACAUUGUCCCCUAUAUCACCACUAACGACGCUGUCAGCUCUUUCUUCUGGCAGCGUGUGACAGCCGCCCGAGCAGCCCGACUAGGCACGAACGUCGAAAGCGAAAUCAAUCGCCAGCUCAGUGCACGACGACUCUUUGGCCUCAGCGAUGGCUACAUGGGCCACUUCACAGGGUCGGCACACACGCACGAGGUGGACGUCUACAAACUACCAUUGAGCACUGUCGCCGGAAAACUUCGGCAAGCACUGCAAGACACAGAUACUCUCAAAUUCCAUGUACAAGCUAUGGCCACAAUGCUAGAGCGACCGACCACAGACAAGACCAUGAUCGGUUAUGGUGCCAGCUUGGACGCUGAUACAGAUCUCAUCUUGAGUUCUUAUGCCGAGAUACAAGUCUGUCAGGUGUCUUUUGGUGUGCCUGACGCAGCAAGGCGGCCGAAUGUGAAUCCAUGGCCGGGCCUGGUGUACUUGAUGCCCAAGGACAAGAGCGGCAGUCUAACUGCUACCGUAUGCCUGAGGCAGGAUGACAUGGAACAGAUGCGUGAGGAUGAGCAGUUCAAGCAGUAUGCAACAUAUGUCGGAUGA